UGAUGGUUUGCUCGACUACUGUAUUAUUGUAUUAAUGUUAUUGUAUUAAUGGUAUAUAAUAUUAAUAUAAAGUGCUGUAUAUUGUAUUCAAUGUAUGACUCACUGUAUUGUAUGCAAUCAAAGGGUGGGAAUAGUAAGCAAUUGUAUUGCAGUGUAAGUGUAGUGUAGUGUUGAGUGCUAUGCUAUGAUUGAGUGCAUACUUCUAGCCAUACAUUGCAUACAAUUAGUAGACUCGAGUCGACCAUUGAGUACAACCAGUCAUUGAUUGACUGAUUCAUUGAUUUGUUGACAUUUAGUGACCAAUACGUCAACACUAGUGAUCACUUGUUUGUGUUGACCAUUGAUUGUGUGAGUCUGUCAUCUGUGAAGACAUCCAGUGAUUAGUUGUGGACAUGUCGUCAAUUGACGCCAACGAGUGUAACAUCAAAGUUGUGUGUCGUUUCCGACCAUUGAAUGACUCGGAAGAAAAGGCCGGAUCAAAGUUUAUCGUAAAAUAUCCACAAAAUACUGAAGACUGUGUGUCCAUUGGGGGGAAAGUCUAUGUGUUUGACAGAGUUUUUAAGCCGAAUGCAUCUCAAGAGAAAGUAUAUAACGAAGCGGCAAAAGCUAUAGUGAAAGAUGUUUUGGGCGGUUAUAACGGAACUAUCUUUGCUUACGGACAAACUUCGUCCGGUAAGACACACACCAUGGAAGGUGUUCUCGGGGACAGUAUGUUACARGGAAUUAUACCUCGUAUUGUUAAUGAUAUUUUCAAUUAUAUCUACUCAAUGGAUGAAAACAUUGAGUUUCACAUUAAAGUUUCAUAUUUUGAGAUUUAUAUGGAUAAAAUUCGUGAUUUACUUGACGUAUCAAAAGUUAACCUCUCUGUACACGAAGACAAAAACCGAUGUACUUUUGUUAAGGGAGCCACAGAACGGUUUGUCACGUGUCCUGAAGAAGUUAUGGAAGUGAUAGAUGAAGGCAAAGCCAAUCGUCAUAUAGCAGUUACAAAUAUGAAUGAACACUCAUCGCGAAGUCAUUCAGUCUUUUUAAUUAAUGUUAAACAAGAGAAUCAAGAAAACCAAAAGAAAUUAACGGGAAAAUUAUAUUUAGUAGAUCUCGCGGGGUCUGAAAAAGUUAGCAAAACGGGUGCCGAAGGAAUGGUAUUAGACGAGGCCAAGAAUAUUAAUAAGUCAUUAUCGGCCUUAGGAAAUGUUAUAUCAGCCUUAGCUGAUGGAAAUAAGUCACAUAUACCCUAUCGUGAUAGUAAAUUAACUCGAAUAUUACAAGAAUCAUUGGGUGGAAACUCGAGGACAACUAUUAUAAUUUGUUGCUCUCCGGCCUCUUUCAAUGAAAUGGAAACAAAGUCUACACUCGAGUUUGGAAAGAGAGCAAAAACUAUUAAAAAUGUUGUCGUUGUUAAUGAAGAAUUAACUGCCGAGGAAUGGAAAAGACGUUAUGAAAGAGAAAAGGAAAAGGUUUGCAAACUUAGAGCUCAACUUCAGAGACUUGAAGGUGAAGUGAAUCGAUGGAGAAGUGGAGAAACAGUGCCUAUAGAAGAACAAGCAAAUAUGAAAGACUUGGAGGCCAGUACUCUUAGUUUAUCUGAAUCUGUCCAAAAUAUAAGUGCUGUGGCGGGUCCGGUCACAUCGGACACACACAUAGCUCAAUUGAUUACCUCUUCGGAACCGUUAAGUAAUGAGGAAAGAAUGAAAUUCGAAGAGGAAAGGACCCGUCUUUACGCCCAAUUAGAUGAAAAAGAUGAUGAAAUCGAUAAAUAUAGUCAGCAUUUGGAGAAAAUUAAAGAACAAGUGCUCGAACAGGAAGAACUAAUUGGAGCCGCGCGAAGAGAUAAUGAAUUAUUACAACAAGAAACCACUCGAAUUCAACAGGAAAAUGAAUCCGCAAAAGAAGAGGUCAAAGAAGUUUUGCAAGCUUUGGAAGAGUUGGCCGUUAAUUAUGACCAAAAAUCACAAGAAGUUGAAUCAAGAAAUCGAGAAUUUGAAAAUUUGAGUGAAGAUCUGAAUAUUAAGUUAAGUGCUUUAAAUAGCUCUCAAUCAGAGUUACAGCAAAUGAAAGAACAAAGUCUUCAUCAGAGGAAACGACUCAAUGAGAUGCUCACUAAUCUUAUGAAGGAUUUGGGAGAUGUUGGCAUCAUUUUAGGAGCCAACCCGAGCUCUGUUAUCGGCGAACUUAAAGUGGCCGGAGAUAGCAAUAAAAUGGAGGACGAGUUUACUGUUGCGAGACUUUAUAUAAGCAAAAUGAAGAGCGAAGUAAAGGCCUUGUGUUCUCGAACACAACAAAUGGAAAGUCUUCAACAAACAUGCAAUAAGAAGAUUGAUGCCCAAGAAAAGGAUUUGGCUGAGUGUCGACUUCUGAUUAGUCAAUACGAGGCUAAGAUGAAGUCAUUACAAGAGUCAAUGCGUGACGUGGAGAACAAAAAACGAUCGCUUGAAGAGGCAGUCGACCAAUUGAACGAAGAAUGUACUAAACUUAGGGCCGCAGAAGAGAUGCACGACGUGACCACCAAAGAGAAGCAAAAAGAGAGAGAUUCUGUCGAAAAAAUGAAGAAUGCUUUAGAACAACAAAUUGAAAAACAUAGGGAAAACCAUCAAAAACAGUUGGCAGCUCUUAGAGAUGAAAUUGCAGAGAAACAGUCACUAAUUGAUCAAUUAAAAGAUGCAAAUCAAAAGUUAACAUUAGCUCAGGAAAGACUGCUUCUUGAAUAUGAUAAACUCAAGUCUGAAGAACAGGUAAAGAGCGCCAAACUGCAAGAGAUGACACUCAUGAAUGACCGACGAGAACAGGCCCGACAAGAUCUGAAAGGACUCGAGGAGACUGUUGCUAAAGAAUUGCAAACACUUCAUAAUCUUAGAAAAUUGUUUGUUUCAGAUCUUCAAAGUAGAGUUAAGAAGUCUGCCGCCGGAGAAGAAACAGAAGACUCAGCUAAUUCUGGCGGUUCUGUGGCACAAAAGCAGAAGAUAUCGUUCUUAGAGAACAAUUUAGACCAAUUAACUAAAGUUCAUAAACAACUUGUUCGAGACAAUGCUGACCUUCGAUGCGAACUUCCAAAGCUUGAAAAGAGAUUACGCGCUACUAUGGAAAGGGUUAAAGCUCUGGAAGGAGCUCUUAAAGAAGCAAAAGAGUCAGCUAUGAAGGACAGGAAAAGAUAUCAAUACGAAGUGGACAGAAUCAAAGAGGCCGUCAAACAAAAGAAUUUAGCCCGAAGGGGACAUAUGGCCCAAAUCGCUAAACCUAUCCGUGCGGGUGGUGGAGGAGUUCCCGGUAAUAGAAAUGCAGUCAAUGCUAACAUUCAAAACAAUAAUAUGAUUCGAUCGGUCACUAGGAAUCCUCAACAACGUAGAGAUAUUAUCGACAAUUAAUUGACGACUCUUUUAUAGUAAGAUU